AUGGACCAAAGAUUAGAGAAAUUGGAACAGAUACAGAAUGAAAUGCAAGAGCAACUGCAUUUACAGAUGCAGGAGCAGUUAGCCAAAAUACAACAAGACAUGAGAGAUCAGAUGUUAGAAUCCCAGGAAAACAUGAUAAACCAAUUUGAACAAAUGUUGGCUGGAGCUUCGAAUAAAGGAAAGAGUCCUAUGAUUGGUACCGAAAACAAUGAUGAGGAUCCUUCUGUUCCCCCAGGCUUUACCCCGGCGGGCAUUCAAACGCCACAACCUAGGGUAUCUAUUAACAUUAAAUCUCCGUGUCAAACUGGUACUUCAGUCCCGAUGAAUUUCCCAAUAGGCUCAAUCUCUAACCCCAAGGAUAAUUUGGCGAAUCCUAGGGUCCCCGAUUUCGAUGAAGCAGUAGAAGUGGAAAAGGCGAGAAUGGAGAUCCCAAAGCAGCUAGAGGAUCAUUGCAAGUGGCUUGAGGAUAAGUUCAAAGCGUUAGAGAAUGUUAAUUAUCACGGUGGGAUUGAUGCUAAGGAUCUGAGCUUGGUCUCAGACCUAGUACUUCCUCCAAAGUUCAAGAUGCCGGAGUUUGAAAAAUACAACGGGACCAGUUGUCCUGAGGUGCAGAAGAUAGAAGCUGGGGAGAGCACCAAGAAGUCGGUCCCACGAAAGAGAGAAAAUGAAGUAAACAAUGUAAGUAGGAGUUGUGCAAAACCGAUCACUGUGAAUCAACCGAGAAUAGUAAACGCGAGUCAGCAAGCCUCAUCAAAGCAAGAGUCUGAUACAAAGCGGAAUACGGAGAAACUCCAAUUUACGUCUAUUCUAGUAACAUAUAAAGAGUUAUAUCAAACUUUAUUUAAUGCACAUGUUGUAUCCCCGGUUUACCUGAAACUCAUGCAACCUCCGUAUCCCAAGUGGUACAAUGAAAAUGUCCAAUGUGAAUACCAUGCGGGAAUCACAGGACAUGCUAUAGAAAAUUGCACCGCAUUUAAGAUGUUAGUGGAAAAGCUCCUUGAAAUGGGCAUCAUAAAAUUCGAUGAGUCAUUUGGCGGGCAAAAUCCGUUACCCAAUCAUGCCGACAAGGGGGUAAAUGCAGUAAUUGAGAAUGCCGGGAAGAGAGCUAGAAUGACUAUGGUUGAAGUAAGAACAUCAUUGAGAGAGGUUUGGAAGGAAAUAAUGAAGAGAGGGUUAAUCACGCAGAGUUUGGGAAAUAGACCCCAGAAAAUAGGGAACUAUUGUGAAUUCCAUGAUGAGGAGGAUCAUGAGAUCCAGGAAUGUGAUGAAUUUAGGGCCCUAAUACAGGAACUAAUGGACAACAAAGAGCUAGAAUUCUUUGAAUAUGUAGAAGAGAGAGAUGUAUGCACCUCGGAAGGAGGGUUGUUAGGAAAAGACUGUGAGAUUAAUCGGCCAAGAGUAAUUAUUUCACAACCAAAGAUUAAGGCACCAAGAAUAGUGAUACAGAAACCCGCUGCUUUCCCUUAUAAGGAUAGCAAGAGGGUACCUUGGAGCUAUAAUUGUAAUGUGACAAUCCCAGAAGGGAAGAACCAGGUCAACACGCAAGGGGAAGCCCAGGAUCAAGGGGAGGAGCUACUUGUUCAGGAGCCAAUAGCUGAGAAUGAGGCAAAAGAAUUUUUGAAAUUCCUAAAACACAGUGAAUAUAGUGUCGUGGAGCAGCUAAACAAACAGCCAGCUCGCAUCUCGGUACUGACCUUGCUUUUAAGCUCGGAGAUACACCAUAAUGCGUUAAUGAAGGUGUUAAAUGAGACCUAUGUUGCGAAUGACAUCACAGUAAACAAUCUAGAUCGCCUUAUCAAUAACAUAAGCGCAGACAAUUUCAUCUCAUUCAGCGACGAUGAAAUACCAUCGGGGGGUAGGGGAUCUACUAAGGCCUUACACAUCACUACCCGUUGUAAGGGGUAUACUGUGCCGGGGGUUCUAAUUGAUAAUGGGUCAGCACUGAAUGUUUUACCCUUAUCUACAUUGAAUAGGCUACCAAUAGACAACUCUCACAUGAAGACGUGUCAGAACAUGGUGAGAGCAUUUGACGGGACUGAAAGAAAGGUGAUGGGAAGGAUUGAAGUACCUCUUUUAAUUGGUCCGAAUAUAUAUGAGGUAGAUUUCCUAGUAAUGGACAUUAAACCCUCCUAUAAUUGCCUGUUAGGGAGGCCUUGGAUUUAUGCGACAGGGGCACUACCGUCAUUAUUGCAUCAAAAGUUGAAAUUGAUAAUGGAGGGUCGAUUGAUAACAAUAAACGCAGAAGAGGAUAUUAUUGCAUCUGUUACCAGUGAUGCACCAUACAUUGAGAAGGAUGAUGAGGCGUUGGAGUGUUCUUUUCGUUUGUUGGAGUUUGUGAAUGCCACUUUUAUUAUAGAGGGAAGUAAGAUCUUGAUACCCAAAGUGUCCAGUGCUACGAAAAUGGGUUUACAACUGAUGGUUGGAAGUGGAGCAUUGCCUGGAAGAGGACUCGGAAAGUAUCUACAUGGACGGGUCGAGCCGGAUGCAAAACAAAAAAAGAAGGAAGCAGAGAAGAGACAAGAGAGACAAAGAGCACGUUUAAGUGGGGCAGAAAUCAAAUGGGAGCCGAUGAGCUUUCCCCACAUAUCCGAAACUUUUGUGUCAGGAGGAAUAAUUUAUCUGGAGAGCGGGAUGACAAGGGAAGAAUGUUUUGAAGACAUGUUCGAUAGCCUGAGCAUUAAUGCUAUACUUGGAGAAGAAGUGGAAGAAGGAAACUUAUUGGGUAUUCGGCCUUACGUGCCUGGAAGUGUGCUGAACAAUUGGACUGCAGAAGAGAUUCCUGUAAUUUUUAGAGCAAAUUCAAAGUCCCUAGAUAUCAAUGACACGAGUAGUACUGAUAUAGACCCUGAAUCUCUUUUAGAGCAAGGUUUGUGCUUAGAGGGAUCUCAGGAUUUUGAAGAUGACGAGGAUUAUAGUUUAUCUCUAGACUUAUUGAGGAUGGUAGAGCGGGAAAAGAAACAAAUUCUGCCUUACCAGGAGACAAUUAGGAGCGUGGCCUUGGAAGAAGGAAAGAAGGUGAAAAUUGGCACUUGCAUCAAAAAGAAAACAAGACAGGACCUUAUCGAAUUAUUGCGAGAGUUCAAAGAUGUCUUCGCGUAG